UCCACUGGCGGCCUGCGGGGUGAGGGUUUGUUUUGCCGCAGGCUGGUGGCUGCGAGAGUUCCUUGAACUUUUAGGUGGAAGAUGCCGGAAAGUAACUUGGCAGAGCGGAGUGACAGAAGCGAGGAGCAGGUGUCUGGUGCUAAAGUCAUCGCCCAGGCCCUGAAGACGCAAAAUGUGGAGUACAUGUUUGGCGUCGUAGGCAUCCCGGUGACUGAAAUCGCCAUUGCAGCCCAGGAGUUAGGCAUCAGGUACAUCGGGAUGAGGAAUGAGCAAGCGGCUUGUUAUGCUGCCUCUGCAGUUGGAUAUCUGACUGGCAGGCCAGGAGUAUGCCUUGUUGUUUCUGGCCCAGGUCUCAUCCAUGCCUUGGGUGGUAUGGCAAAUGCAAAUAUGAACUGUUGGCCAUUGAUUGUGAUUGGUGGUUCCUCUGAAAGAAAUCAAGAAACAAUGGGAGCCUUCCAGGAGUUUCCUCAGGUGGAAGCUUGUAGACCAUACAGCAAGUUCUCUGUCCGGCCAAGUAGCAUAGAAGCUAUUCCCACUGUUAUUGAAAAGGCAGUAAGAAGCAGUAUCUACGGUCGUCCAGGUGCUUGUUAUGUUGACAUACCUGCAGAUUUUGUGACCCUCCAGGUGAAUGUGGAUUCUAUAAAGUACAAGGAGUGCUGUAUGCCACCUCCUGUUAGCAUGGCAGAAACCUCUGCUGUGUGUAUGGCAGCAUCUAUAAUUAGGAAUGCCAAACAGCCCCUUCUCAUCAUUGGGAAAGGUGCUGCUUAUGCCCACGCAGAAGAGAGUAUCAGGAAGUUGGUGGAGCAGUGUAAAUUGCCAUUUUUGCCUACCCCAAUGGGAAAAGGUGUUGUCCCUGACAACCAUCCAAAUUGUGUAUCUGCAGCCAGAUCCAGGGCUUUGCAAUUUGCUGAUGUGAUUGUGUUAUUUGGUGCUAGACUGAAUUGGAUUUUACAUUUUGGACUCCCUCCAAGAUAUCAGCCAGAUGUGAAGUUUAUCCAGGUUGACAUCUGUGCAGAAGAAUUGGGGAAUAACGUGAGACCUGCUGUGACUUUACUAGGAGACAUAAAUGCUGUUACUAAACAGCUUUUAGAACAGUUUGAUAAGACACCAUGGCAGUAUCCUCCAGAGAGCAAGUGGUGGAAUACUCUGAGGGAAAAAAUGAAGAGCAAUGACGCUGCAUCCAAGGAAUUAGCUUCCAAAAAAUCCCUGCCUAUGAAUUAUUACACAGUAUUCUAUCAUAUUCAAGAACAACUCCCCAGGGACUGUUUUGUGGUAAGCGAGGGAGCAAACACCAUGGACAUUGGACGCACUGUGCUUCAAAACUACCUACCUCGUCACAGGCUUGAUGCUGGUACUUUUGGAACAAUGGGAGUUGGUUUGGGAUUUGCUAUUGCAGCUGCUCUAGUGGCUAAAGAUAGAAACCCUGGGAAAAGGGUCAUCUGUGUGGAGGGAGACAGUGCCUUCGGGUUUUCUGGCAUGGAGGUGGAAACCAUCUGCAGGUACAAUUUGCCAAUCAUACUCUUGGUGGUGAACAAUAAUGGAAUUUACCACGGUGUUGAUAAAGAUUCUUGGAAAGAAAUGUUAAAAUGUCAAGAUGCUACUACAGUGGCCCCUCCUAUGUGUCUCCUGCCAGACUCACAUUAUGAACAGGUCAUGGCUGCAUUUGGAGGCAAAGGAUAUUUUGUACAAACACCGGAAGAACUCCAAAAAUCCCUGAGGCAGACCCUGGAAGAUACUACUAAACCCUCUCUUAUCAACAUUAUGAUUGAGCCACAAGGCACACGGAAGGCCCAGGAUUUUCACUGGCUCACCCGCUCUAAUAUGUAAAUAAAGAUGCCAGUAGGUGUUCUUGAGAAAUUUUCUCUUUCCUACAGGGUUGAAUUUUGUUUUCCACAGCAAAGUUACUACAAUUAUAAUGGUGCAAAGAAAAAUAAAAUAAUAUUUUAAAAU